GUUGUUGGAUACCGGGGAAUUUUAGAAAGUGCUCCAGAUUUGUUGAAAUAUUUCCAGUUCACAUUGUUUUGCUCCAUCCAAAAGUUGUUGAAAUUAUCUUAAAUAAUGGCAGCGCAACAGAGAGUCCAAGCAUACUUGGAAAAGCAUAAGAUCAGUGGUCUUUUUGAGGAACUGAUGGCCAAGGUGAUAAACAAUACACCGACUGAUCCUCUGGUGUACCUCUGUACCCUCCUCGAGAGGAAAGUCGAGAAGCGUAAGAUGACAGGAUCGGCUGGGAUCUCGGCAAUGAGGAAGAGCGCCAGUGAUAUGGAUGGGAGGAUGAGAGGUACAGCUGGUGCGUGGGCUACAACGAGUGUAGAUGGAGGCUUAGCUGUUGCCAAGGAGCGUGGCGUGACAUAUGAAAAGCCUUGGUUGUCCAGCACAAACACUAAGAGGGUACCAAGACCAAAGACAGCUGAUGAAACUUCCAAGCCACCUCGACGCUCUCGUUCUCCAGCUAAACAAGAUUGGAACAACGAUAAGAAAGUUGGCGCCAAGGAUUUUGACGAGAUGUUUGCACAAACACAGACUCACCCGCGGAGGUCCGGGUCGCCCACGAAGACGGGGACAGAGAAGCUGUGGAGGAGCCCGUCGUAUGAGCAUGAACUUAACUACAAGAGCCAUGGAUACACUGGACCCCGUCAUAUUGGGACAGCGAGUGACUUGGAUGCCGAGCUGAGUAUCUCAAGUGGCAAACCGGUCAGAGAGAAGCCGAGAACUAGUGCAACAGUUGCGACCAUCAAACAGAAAGGAGCGAAAUCGAAUGCGAUGAAACAUCGUCAAGAACUCCAAAGGUACCUGCAAGCUCAGAAAAAACAGGAGGAUUCUGGUAUUGAAGACAGCCAUUCAUACGAGGGAGAAGAUGACGGCCUCGAUGUUUGGGAAAACCUGGAUGACUUGAAGAGUGAGGGUGUGACAAACAUCAAGGGCUCCGGCAUCAAGAUCAAGUCACUGCAAUUAUCACAAAGACAAGGAAAUAAGGCACUGCCCGCCAGAUCUGGAGACCCCGUCGUACGAGUUGCUAUCUGCGGACGCUGCGCCAAGAUAAUGACGUCUGCUGAGCCUAUCUCUUACGACGGUGCCACCGAAAGUGGCUCCAAGUUUGGUGAGCUGCCCCAGUACAGCUCGAUUGAGACUCAGCGAUCAGUCCAGUUCUCUAAUGUGGAGGAUGAGGAUUUCGAGAGCGUCUCCCAGGUGUCUGGGCCACGUCGUCCUGUUUGGCAAGACUCUGAUGGACUCUCCGACUCCAGUGUUGAUUCUGCCGACUUCCAUGGCAAUAACGUCCUCAACCUUCGCAACCUUAACAUCAUCCAAUCUACAGUUGAGACAACCACACCCCGAAAGGGUGUCUCGAUGUUCGAAUCACAUGGCACUCCAAAUAAAGGUAGACCGAUGUACAGCCGAGCAGAUGUCCGCGACUCGAUGCAGUCUCUUGGGCAGUCGUCUGCAGCAGGUGGUGGAGGUCAGAUCGAUCUGAAUGCUACGGCACCUGCCGCCAUCCUGGCCCCCCAGGUUGGUGGUGAUACGCCCAGGACUGUGGACACCAGCCACACCCCUGUACCAAACUGGCAGAGGACCAUGUCUGAAGAUCUUGACGAAAGGAAUGUGGAAAGCCCUGAAUUACUGGCACAAAAAGGGAGAUCCUGGGCAAUACCUGAGGAUUCGGAGAUAUCCGAUAUGGAGUGGGACAGGAGAAAGGGGGCUGGACAGAAGGGGCGCCAAGCAGGUGGGCAGUACUGAUCAUUGCUCCAGCAGCUGUUAGUUAGUUCUAGACCAUGUAGAUGAUGAUGUAGCCAAAGGUCGUAUUGAAAACGAGACUGACGUAUUGUCAAUAGGCUUCUGUACUGUAGAUUUCGCCAAAGCUUUUGUUCUUAUUACUAACUAAACCCACCAUGCUUAAAGUUAUUCUGGAUGCGAUUCUGGAUGAGUCUUUGCUCUACCUCUAAGACCACUGGAGUGGCGGAGUGACCCGAUUGAUACAAAAGCCAAUGUUGUCUUGGAGUGAUGCCAGGCGCCCAAGAAGUGCAAUGACUUAACAGUGCCCAUCAUCCUUGAGUAGUAAUGUACUUUGCCCGUAAUGUACUUUGCCCAUCACCCGGAUGUACCACUGUAAUGUACCAGGUGGUGUGUACACCUAUGUUAUAUAUUUUGUAUUGUAUUGUAUCUUUACAUAUUCAAUAUGAACACGUAUCAAAAUCCAUCCAUUUUUCAUUGGAGAGAAAAAAACAUUCCAAAAAUACACAAUGUUGUUCCUACAAGAGAAUAGGUGAGAUUCGUCUUUUAGGUUUUUUAGAGGAAAGUAGUUUAUAGUUACUUAUAAGUUUCAAGGACAAAUGUAGAUGAGAAGAAAGCGUACAUAUCAGUAGAUCUUUAUUUAAUA